AUGGCUCCGCUCAUCAGUCCAAGAACCUUGUUGAGAGAGCAAGUCAUCACUACCAUCAACAAGCUGAACCGCGAUUAUGAUCAUGCUAUCCAGAUCCCCGACGUCAACCAAGAUUCUGCCUCUGUCGCCAAGCGCGCGGAACACGAUGCAGCAUUCGCCCGGAGCGACAAGAUCAUGCGUCUACUGACGUAUGUCUCCUUUGAGCAAUCGUUCUCACUGGACAAAGUCUUGCACGCCUUCGAUUGGGAGGCCCUCGCAGCCAGCGAGAAAUGGCUUCGCCCUUAUGAUUGCCGCGACCCGAGCCUCGCAACGGCAAGACGGCCGAAGGCCGGCUUUCCAGGCGAGGCAUUGGAACUCCAAACGGUGCUGCUCGGCGUUCUAGAAAGGGCAAGUCACAUCAUCGGGUCCGCCCGCAAAGUCUUCGUCAGGGAUACCGACUCAGAGUACCCACUGGUAAACUAUGCCGCUACAGCGCUUCCCUAUGAGACUCGGGAGACAAUUCCCGAGCAAACGGAUCUAAGAAAACCAACAACCCCUCAAGAUAUCCCCAAUUUUUCCUCUUCAUAUUCUGCUGCCAACGUAUCAACGUGGCUGGACGCGCAUCCAGCCCCAGGCGAAAGCUCUCCUGUUCUCUCGACCGUCUACACGGAGAUUUCAGGCAUUGGUGACCCAAGUCUAUACAAGCCGAUUUCCAGUGUCUCGGAGCCUUCAGAGCCAGCCAAUCUUCAGUGCCGCCUUGAUGCGACUUGGCCAAAAUUCCCACAUUGGCUUAUACAAGCUCCUUUCGCCAUAGCGUGGGAGAUCACCCGUAUUGCGGUUCACUAUGAUGUCGAUCUUGACGAGAUGGUCUUGUCUUACGAUGAAUCCUGGAGAGACUACGACACUAUCUACCGCGUCCUUCGAGAGCAUCAUUCAUUCCAUGGGAAGGGAUUCCCAGAAAGAUCAACACCCGACGCUUGGACGGCAAGUCUAAGUGGCUUUGAGUCGUCCCAUGAGCAGCACGUCUCUUUCAAGGCUUCCCUUGUUCAACCAAAGAACGCAAGAUCUGGCUCAAUCUUCUCCCUGAAAAUGGAUCCGGCCGUCUUGGAUCAGGGAUGCCGUCUGCAUCGCAAAUUUGGAUCUGAUCGAUUCCUUAAAGUAGUGAUACCGUCACCGAGCUCAUGGACGACUCCGAUCAAAGACCCCGACGUAUCUCAAGAGGUGAUUCGCUGGUUUUCUUCUAAGGUGCAUCACCUGGCCGGCAGGCAGUGGCGAGCUUUCUUCGCAAGGGACGCAGAGCGCAAGGUUCUUCAGACGAACGUGUUCUUUGGUCCAAGUCCGAAAAGCAUCUUGCAAAAACGAUUUUGCUAUUUUGCUGAAGAUGGAACCAAUUUUGACGUCGCUCCUUCUACCGACCAUCGGCCUGUGCACGCCCUUAGAGAGCCGCGACCCAAGCUGGAGGUUGGGCAGAUGCUCGACUGGCUCUUGCAGUUGGAUCGUAACAGUGACCAACCUUACCUUAAGCUCUUCACCCGCAUCCAACUUGGUCUCAGCAAAACGAAAGUAGUAGCUUCUCUGGAUCAGAACCAGAUACGACACCGACAAGAAGAUAUCAUAUCGCCAAUCGGUGAAGUGAUGAAUGAUGGCGUUGGUCGCAUGUCACUGCUUCUUGCCCGCCAAAUCAGGGACGUCCUUGGUUUGAGCGGCAUCCCUUCUGCGAUUCAGGGUCGUCUGGGCUCUGCCAAAGGCGUGUGGAUUAUAGACGUUGAAGACAGCGGAAGCGAUAUCUGGAUAGAGACCUGGCCCUCGCAAAGAAACCUCAACAUUCAGUUCCUUCCCAUUCUAGAAGACCGUGCCAAAGAUAAGCAGGCCAUGAGGAAGUUUGUGGGAGACAGGCUCCUAGACCAGCUCAGCAACGAAACUGAAGCCCAGAAAGAUGUAAUCAAGCAUCCGCUGCGAUUUCGGCAAUGGGUAAACAAAAACCUCGCCGCCAGGACGCAGCGUUUGGCCCACGACAGCGUGCCGUUCCUUGCUGGGCUUCCCAAGUACAAAGAGGAUCAGCUCAAUUAUUUGACCGAUGGCGGCUUCAAACCAACCGAACAGAAAUUCAUGCAAAAUAUGAUAUGGGAGCUCCGGCGCGCAAAGUAUGAAAAUCUGCUGAAGAAGAUGAGCAUCGAGAUUCCAGGCUCGGCGUACUUGUACAUGGUACUCGACUUCUGGGACAUUCUGGAAGAGAACGAGGUGCAAAUAUGCUUUUCAUCUCCGUUCCGAACCGAACGCUUCUCUGACUUCAUGCUACACGGAUGCGAGGUUCUUGUCGCACGAUCUCCGGCGCACCUUGUCAGCGAUAUACAGAAGGUCAAGGCCGUGUUCAAGCCGGAAUUGCGCGCACUAAAAGAUGUCGUUGUGUUUUCAGCAAAGGGAGACGUUGCGCUUGCCGACAGGCUUUCGGGCGGCGAUUACGAUGGAGACAAGGCUUGGGUGUGUUGGGAACCAGCUAUUGUGUCUAAGUUUGAGAAUGCCACUAUGCCGACAAAACCAGACAUUUCGAAGCAUCUCAGGAAGGAUACAACGUCGUACGGAGACCUCAGUCAUGGAGUAAUCAAGUCCGUGGCAGCUUCGGCAAUGAUCAGUCGUGGCAUUGUCUUUGACAUGCAACCCAGCUUCUUAGGAAUCGCAACCAAGUUCAAGGAAUAA